AUGGAUAAUACUUAAACUUUACAAUCUCUUUUAGAUAAUAUAGAUUAAGAUGUUGGUUAUGAAAAAAUUCGAAAAUAUGGUAGAACUUAUGGAUUUUCUAAUAUGUAUACUCCCUUUAAUGCUAAUCCAUAGAUAUUUUAGAAAAUAAAUAUGGACUAAACUAUUAGGAAUAGAUCAGCAAUUACAGUAUCUUGAAAUUGAUAAAUGCUUGUAACAUGAUCAAUUAUUGAAGGAUGUUAAUCGUUCAUUGCAUACUAUUUCAUAAAUCAAAAACUUUAAAGAAAUGUAUAGCUUUUUUAAAUUUAGAGAUCAAUUACGAAAAUGUUUGAUGGAAGUAUUAGACACAAUUUUUAGCUAGCAUCCAAAUUAUUCUUAUUAUCAAGGUUACCAUGAUGUAGCCUCUAUUUUAAUACUAGUUUUGGGAGUAGAAUAAGGCUAUAUCGCAGCUACCUAUGCUGCCAAAAACUUCUUUAAAGAUUAUUUAGACUAAGAAUUGGCAAAUACAAUCACUCCAUAAUAUUAAUUUAUUAGAUAUCUUUUGUUACGAUACUCCAGAGAUUCUUCUAAUCAAAAACUUAGAUAGUUAAUGUUAAACAUUGAGUAUCCCACUUGUAUAAUUCCAUGGAUUCUUACCUGGUUUUCUCAUUCAUUAGAAAACAUAAAUGAUAUCUGCAGAAUUUGGGAUUUUCUUCUCUGUUCCAAAUAAAAUACAAUUCUUUAUGUCUGUGCUGCAUUUAUCGCUAUUCAUCAUGAAAUCUUAGACAUUAGAAAUGAAGACGAUAUUAUUGUAGAAUUUUAAGAAUUAUUCUAAAAUCUAAAUAACAAAGAUCGAAUCCAAAACCUUAAUUUAGAAAGGGUCUUAUAAUUAACAAAGACUUUAGAAUUUUAAUACAGAUUUGAACUUAUUUGCGAAUAAGAACAUAUUUAAUUCUCAUCCAAGUUUUAAAUAAUUAAAUUUUAGCUCUAUUGUUUAUGAGCAUAACUUCAAAUCUCAGUUAUCAUAUUACAAAUCUCUAGACUAGCUAGAAAAUUCUAUUCAUAAAAAAGUAUUUAAAUUUAUGAAUUCCAAAUAAGAUAUUAUUAUAAGCUUAGGUGGAAUAGCUUUAAGUUUUCUAAUCCAAUAUUAUAUAAUUAAGAAUUGA